CUCUCUGCCUCGCCAGAGCUAGCCUACUCGGAGUUACUCGACCGAGUUUACUCCUUUAAAUCCACCGAUCGAGUGGAUGAUUACCACAAAUGCAGAGUCGUUCUUGUGCCGUGCAUUGCUGUCGCCGCCUUUUUCUAGUCCUCUCAGGGUAACUUGACUUGGGCAGUGAAGGGGUUCUUGAAAGCGUCGAUCGCCGAUGGAGGCGUGGUCGGAAGGUAGUGCGAUGGAAGAGUGGGAGAAUUGGGCGAGGAAUGAGCUAAUGGCUGCUGGCUCUGAGUUGGUUGGCAAAUUCUCUUUUCUUCAGAAUAGCUUCUUCCAGUUCAACAAACAGUCUUCUUUUCACUCACAAUUCAUCAGGAAUUAGAGUCAUGGGAUAAUUCUACAAGACUGCAACAGGGAUGGAGGAGGCCGCUGUUGAACAAGAAACGGCUGUCUGAAAUGUCCAAUGACCCAAGGUUAUGAGCUCUUAAUCAUAUGCUCCUCAAGCGAAUGUGAAGCAGCUUCGCCAAGUGAUAUUUCCAACAGAGGAAAUAAAAAUGAUUAUUAUAAUAGUGGUAGAGAGGGAGGAAGGGGGUUCGUUAAUAAAUUUCUGAGAAGGUUGCAGAAAAUUAAGGUUGCAGACGAGCUGAUGUCACUGGGGAAAAUAGCAUUUCCAUUAUUACUUUCUGGCCUGAUUUUGCACUCUAAGUCCAUAGUGUGCAUGUUAUUUUUGGGACAUCUGGGGAACAUUGAGUUAGCUGGAGGCUCACUGUCAAUGGGAUUUGCAAAUAUUACAGGCUACGCUGUAAUCAAGGGUCUGGCUAUGGGGAUGGAACCUAUAUGUUGCCAAGCUUAUGGAGCCAAAAAAGGGACAGUUCUUAGCCAAACUUUUAAACAGACCCUCUGCCUCCUAUUACUUGCAGCCAUUCCAAUCACCUUAUUAUGGCUGAACAUGGAGCCCAUCCUUCUGUCAUUUGGUCAGGAUGAGACCAUUACAUCAGUGGCAAAGGUAUUUAUCACAUACUCCAUUCCUGAAUUGCUUGCCCAAGCUCUCCUCCAUCCUUUGAGAAUUUUCAUAAGGGCACAAAAUCUAAUCAAACCCCUCCUUCUGUCUGCAACUUGUGCAAUGAUCCUCCACCUUCCAAUCAGCUACUUCCUUGCAAUAUAUUUGGAUUUGGGGGUUAGAGGAGUUGCUCUGGCCUCUGCUUGCAACACAUUAAACUUAAGUUUAGCUUUGCUAGCAUAUCUCUUCUUUUCAGAAACAGCAAUAAAGCCUUGGGAUGGUCAAGCAGUAACCAAAUCCUAUCGAGUUUGGCACCCACUGCUGACGCUCAUGGUUCCAAGUGUAUUAUCUGUGUGUUUAGAAUGGUGGUGGUAUGAGAUAAUGGUGCUACUAUGUGGUUUAAUUAAUAAUCCAGAGGCAAGUGUGGCUGCAAUGGGAAUUCUCAUACAAACAACGGGAGUUCUUUAUGUUUUUCCAAAUUCUCUAAGCUUAAGUUUAUCAACGCGUGUUGGGCAAGACUUAGGGGCUGAAGCGCCCGCACAGGCACGGCAGAUAACCAUUAUAGGACUUAUUAUAGCUAUGGUAUGGGGACUAGCAGCUUUCGCUUUCACAAUUGCAGUAAAGGAUGUGUGGGGAAAGGUAUACACAAGUGAGCCUCAGGUUCUUGCAUUGACAUCAGUUGUCUUACCUAUAUUAGGCCUCUGCGAGCUUGGAAACUGUCCUCAGACAGCAGCAUGUGGAGUCCUGGUAGGUUCUGCUAGACCUAAGGUGGGUGCUUGCAUAAAUUUUUGUUCAUUUUACCUUGUUGGUUUGCCUGUUGCUGCUCUCGCCGCUUUUAAAUUAGAGAUUGGUUUCCUUGGGUUGUGGUAUGGGCUUGCUGCAGCACAAGCCUCAUGUAUGUGUUUGAUGAUUUGCACUCUAGUUUUCACUGAUUGGAAGCACCAAGCUAAGAGAGCCAAGGAACUGACUCAAGCCACAGAGGACCAGAAAAAUGAUCUGGAAGCCGAUCUUCUUAGUUGA